GACAGAGAGAGAGAGAGAGAGAGGGAGAUACAGAGAGAAAGGGACAGAGAGAGAGAGAGAGAGAGGGAGAUACAGAGAGAGGGAGAUACAGAGAGAGAGAUACAGACAGAGAGAGAGGGAGAUACAGAGAGGGAGAUACAGAGAGAGAGAUACAGAGAGAAAGGGAGAGAGAGAGAGGUUCUGCAGCGCUCCUUCAUGGCGGAUCGUUGCUGGGAUGAAGGGAUGAAGAACCACAAUCCGGAGACCCGACCAGAGUCCCACUGCUGCCCAUGUAAGUGAAGUGUUAUCCAGGUGUGGUGUGACCAGGUAGAGGGGCGGGGCCAGUUUAAGACAUUGCCAAUCUGCUGAGGGGCGUGUACCUGUAAAGCAGCCAGAUGGGGGUGUGGGCGUGACCCCGGCGUGACCCCGGCGCGACCUGGCUCUCCACCUGCUGUGCUGUCUGGGUUCGGCUCCGGUUCGGUCCGGAGGGAAGAACCAGCCAAUCAGGAUGAAGAAGAGCCGCAGUGUCCUGACUGUGACCGGAGAGGAGGGCAGUGAGACAGCCAUGGGUGUAGAGAAGGCGGAGUCAGCGUGCUACAGCCGCUCUUAUACAUCAGGGAGCACAAUGGGGACUGAGUUUAGAAGGGGGCGGAGCCACAGACUUUCUUCAAGUUUGCAAGUACCGUGUUGGCUUCGCCCGCGUUCUCGUUCACCUGAGGUGCUGAGCGCGGCGCCCCGCCCUACGACCCUCCCGCUACGCAUCCCACCACGAAUCGCCAUCACACACGCGGAUCCAGACAGUGAGGUGGAGAAUGGGGGCGUGUCUCCGGCAGAUCUCAGCCCAGGUGUAAUGCUCCACCCCUCGUUCCCUCAGUCUCAGAGGAGAGAAAGUUUCCUCUAUCGCUCCGACUCCGACUACGACCUGUCUCCUAAAACCGUCUCACGCAACUCGUCUGUAGCCAGCGAGGGACACAUGACUGAAGACUUCAUCGUUACGCCGUUUGCUCAGGUGUUGGCUAGUUUACGUUCUGUCAGAAGUAAUUUUGCAAUCCUGGCCAAUCUCAACACCGCCACUGUAAAGAGAUCAUCACAAAGCAGUCAGUCUACAGGACUCAGGAGCUCUCUCUCAGAUCAGCAGUAUCAGCAGUUGACCCUGGAGACCCUGGCAGAGCUGGACUGGUGUUUGGAUCAGUUAGAAACCAUUCAGACCCACAGGUCUGUUAGUGACAUGGCAUCCAGCAAGUUUAAGCGAAUGCUGAAUCGGGAACUGUCUCACCUGUCUGAAAUGAGUCGCUCCGGUAACCAGGUGUCUGAAUACAUCUCCAGCACCUUCCUAGAUCAGCAGAAUGAGGUAGAGAUUCCGUCUCCCACUCUAAAAGAGAAGCCGAUGAGCCACAUCAGUGGCGUGCGAAAACUCUCUCACACUCACAGCCUCACCAGCACACCACUGCCUCGCUUCGGCGUCACCACAGAACACGAGGACCAGCUGGCUGAGGUGAUGGAGGAUGUAAAUAAGUGGAGUUUUAAUAUUUUCCAUGUGGCCGAGCUCUCCAAUAACAGACCACUCAGCUGCAUCAUGUACACUAUAUUUCAGGAGAGAGACCUGCUGAAGACGUUCCGUAUCCCGGUGGAUACGUUCGUGUCGUACGUGAUGACGCUGGAGGAACAUUACCACAGCAGCGUGGCGUAUCACAACAGCCUGCACGCCGCCGACGUGACGCAGAGCACCCACUGCCUGCUGUCCACACCAGCACUGGACGCUGUCUUCACUGAUUUGGAGAUCUUGGCGUCUCUCUUUGCUGCAGCUAUUCAUGAUGUAGAUCAUCCUGGAGUCUCCAACCAGUUCCUGAUCAACACCAACUCGGAGCUGGCUCUGAUGUAUAACGAUGAGUCAGUGUUGGAGAAUCAUCACCUGGCCGUCGGGUUUAAACUGCUGCACCAGGAAAACUGUGACAUCUUCCAGAACCUCAGCAAGAGACAGAGACAGAGCCUCCGCAAACUCGUUAUAGACAUGGUAUUGGCUACAGACAUGUCGAAGCACAUGACUCUACUGGCUGAUCUGAAGACGAUGGUGGAGAUGAAGAAGGUGACGAGUUCUGGGGUUCUGCUGCUCGACCAUUACAACGAGCGCAUACAGGUGCUGAAGGCUGUGCUGCACUGUGCUGAUCUCAGUAACCCCACUAAGCGUUUGGUUGUUUAUAAACGCUGGACUGAGAGAAUCAUGCAGGAGUUCUUCAGACAGGGAGACCGAGAGCGAGAGCGAGGGAUGGAGAUCAGCCCCAUGUGUGAUAAACACACCGCCUCCAUCGAGAAGAGCCAGGUGGGGUUUAUAGACUACAUCGUUCACCCGCUGUGGGAAACGUGGGGUGACCUGGUCCAUCCUGAUGCUCAGGAGAUACUGGACACCCUGCAGGAGAACCGGGACUGGUACCAGAGUACGGUUCCUCAGAGCCCCUCCCCCCCGCCAGACCGGGACCGACCUCACACCCACCGCUUCCAGUUCCCCAACACCGACCACACACACCCCAACACCUAUCACCCACACUACCACACAUCACCACAACCAGAGGGAGACACCGAAGAGGAGAGAGAGGGAGGAGCGACUAGAAAUGGAGAAGAAGAAAAGAAGGGAAUACAAGACGAAAGCAAGGAAGAAGAAACAGAGAACAAGAAACAAAAAGAAGAUGAGGUGAAGGAAGAAAAUAAACAAAUAGAAAAUGAGGAAGAAGGAACAGAGGAAGAAGAGAAUGACGAAGGGGAUGAGUAUGAUGAAGGUGGAGAAGGGGAUGGAGGUGAAGGAGAGGAUGAUGGAGGUGGAGAAGGGGAGGAUGAUGGAGGGGAUAAAGAUGAAGGUGGAGGAGGGGAGGAGGAUGAAGGUGGAGAAGGGGAGGAUAGAGGUGGAGGAGAGGAUGAUGGAGGUGGAGAAGAGGAUGGAGGUGGAGAGGAGAAUGGAGGUGGAGAAGGGGAUGAUGAUGAUGGAGGGGAGAAUGGAGGUGGAGAAGGGGAUGAUGAUGAUGGAGGGGAGAAUGAAGGUGGAGAAAGGGACGAUGAUGGAGAACUGGAGGAUGCAGGUGGAGAAGGGGAGGAGGAUGUAGGUGGAGAAGGGGAGGAUAAUGGAGGUGGAAAAGGGGAGGAUGAUGGAGGUGGAGAAGAGGAUGGAGGUGGAGAAGUGGAGGAUAAUGGAGGGGAGAAUGGAGGUGGAGAAGGGGAUGAUGAUGUAGAACAGGAGGAUGCAGGUGGAGAAGGGGAGGAGGAUGUAGGUGGAGAAGGAGAGGAUAAUGGAGGUGGAGAAAGGGAGGAUGAUGUAGAACAGGAGGAUGCAGGUGGAGAAGGGGAGGAGGAUGGAGGUGGAGAAGGGGAGGAUAAUGGAGGUGGAAAAGGGGAGGAUGAUGGAGGGGAGAGUGGAGGUGGAGAAAGGGAGGAUGAUUCAGAACAGGAGGAUGCAGGUGGAGAAGGGGAGGAGGAUGUAGGUGGAGAAGGAGAGGAUAAUGGAGGUGGAGAAAGGGAGGAUGAUUUAGAACAGGAGGAUGCAGGUGGAGAAGGGGAGGAGGAUGUAGGUGGAGAAGGAGAGGAUAAUGGAGGUGGAGAAAGGGAGGAUGAUGUAGAACAGGAGGAUGCAAGUGGAGAAGGGGAGGAGGAUGGAGGUGGAGAGUAGGAUGGAGGAGUGGAGUAAAGAAGAGUGAUAAAAAAUAGAGCAAUAUGAGUUUCUAGCUUAAAGAGAAACUAAGAUGGAGAGAGAGAGAAAGAGAUGGAGACUCAUCUGUAAAUCUAUCACUGCCAGCUCCUGCAGAGGAACGGAGCUCCACAGUCUUCACCCACCAGAACCCAGAGAGAGAGUGUGAAUACCAUGUGUGUGUGUGUAUGAUGUGUGUGUGUGUGUAUGAUGUGUGUGGUGUGUGUGGUGUGUGUGUGUGUGUGUGUGUUCUGAUCUACACUGUGCCGAGAGAGAAAUGUCUUUUCCUCCAUUUUUGUCGGAGGAAAAUCUUUGGAACUGAAAGGCGGAGUUAAGAACUUUCCCACAAGGCCGUUCACCCGGACACUGCAUGAAUCUGUAGCAAUGCAUUGUGGGACUACGGGAGGCUCCUCCCCUUUCCUGUGUACAGUAGUUACGAUUUAAACUUUAAACAAUAAAGCAGUUUCAUCA